AUGUAUGGUUUCGCACGCGAGCUGUUCCUUCACUCUGUUGACGAUGAAUUCAUCUGCAGUAUAUGGUAGGUAUAUACAGAGGAUCAUACUUCAUAGUUUAUUUUCCAUUGCAUUUACACCAGUUUAGUUUAUUAGUUAAAGUGGUUUUUAACGUCGGUUUUGCCACUAGGUGUGCUCGAUUAAACACUGGUUCUUUGUGUCGUGUACUAGUCACGCCGCAACGAUUCCUCCUCCUCAGAUAAUAAAAACAACUACACAAAGAUGGGGUGAUAUGGCGACAGCGACAGAGAAAAACCCAAAUACAAUAGUAGAAUACCGACUGUGAAAUACAAAUACUUGUAUUCUGGGUAGAAUGUAUUUGACUGUGAAAUAUAUCUUUAAGUACUUGAGAGGGUUCAAUUUAUAUAUUUCGUUUAAUAUUUUGACGCAUGUGCCUUAAUAUAUUCAUUGUUCAGCCAUGGAGUUUUCAAGCAGCCCAUGACCUGCCAAGAUGGCCAUUCAUUUUGCAAAGACUGCAUUACACAGUGGCAGCGAGUCAACACCCAUUGCCCUGUGGACAGGUCCACUCUUGAUCGACCGUUGGUUAGAAAUCUCGCUGUGGAAGGUUCUAUUGGUCGAAAGCUGAUGAAAUGCCCAUCAACAGUCUCUCUUCCAGGAGGAUGCAGCUGGACAGGCUUAGCAUCUGCUGUAGAGCAACAUCUCCCUUCCUGCGAUAUGAAUGUUGUGGAAUGCAAAUUUAAAGUCAGGGGCUGUAUUUUUCGGGCAUAUCAGCGUGAGAUUGCUCAGCACCUCCUUGUUUGCCCCCAUAGGACAGUUAGUUGCCUGUCCUGUGCUCGAGACAUCCCACACAGUGAUCUGUCAGCCCAUGAUGAAGAGUGCAUUGGCAAACUUGUAUCUUGUCCAAAUGACUGUGGCGUUGAAGUUGCGAGGUACAUUUGCAUUGUUCAUUCAUUGUUUACGGAUAAGGUAACCCUGUGUAUCAUAAGUUAAGGGUGACGUGAAAUAGUUUGUGGUUGUUGGCCCCAGAAGAGAUUACAAAAAGUAGUAAUUAGUACCAGUGCCUGCUUGCUGCACAGGCUAGUACCCCUCCCUCUUUCUUAAUGUAUUGAAAGAAAUAUUUUUCAUGUCUGAUCAAGAACUAGAAUAUUCACUAGGGUAUCUAAAAGAUAGUAAUGCUGCGGCACAUUCUGUUGAUACUGGCAUUAGUUAGGCAGUGGGACUUAAAAGAAUCGAAAAUGACAUUAAAUGUCCUAUUUACAUGUUGGAAAGUACUAGAAUAAUUACUAUCAGUCUAUAGAAAGAACUCGUGGGAACGUUGUUUAGAAAAUGAUCAAGUGGUUAUCAACUCUGGUUUUCCCACAGUAAAUUGUAGGAAAUGAUAGAAAUUCAGAUUGUUUAUCCAUAUAUUUAAUAUAUGGUGUACUAUCAUUUCUCUGGAAACACGAUACUUUUCUUGCUGUUUAUUGCACUUUAUUAAGUAACAGUUAUUUAGCUAUACAUUUAUGGAAAACAACAACACAAAAAACGGAAAAAAAAAAAAAAAAAAAAAAAAAAAGUUCGGUAGGAUUCGAACCCAGCACCAUCGACUCGACGCGACUACACCUAACCACUACACCACAGGGUCUGAUUAAGUAAUCUUGGGAAAAGUCUUUAAUUUAACGCGUUUUGCAUGAAACUUCCGCCGGCAAGAUGAUCGCCAGCCGCAUUAAUCGAGCUAUUAACAGUAAAAUACAAUGUAAACGCAUAUUCCAUGGCAAUGAAUGAAUGAAAGAACAUAAUAAUGCUUUUCAAAACGCCGAUACACGUCCUCGUCUGCAACGUAGGACAAAACAUGUUUUGUUAUCUCGAUUUCCGCUGUUAUUUUGAAGCGAAUGGUCAAAAUCACAUCCAUUUUCGGCUCAUACAGGUUCUUAAGAAUAGCAUGGCAUGACAUUUUCUCACUUUCACAUCUAGCAAGCUGGAAUUUGUAUAUCCCCCGUGUUGCGGAGUCGAAAAGCAAAUACUCAUCUUCUCGUCUGGUUUAACACCUGGACGAGUCAAAGGCUCUUGAAUUGAAAUCCAAUCCCCAAGUUAACCAUUGUACUCAUCUGAAAGACUCCUGCGUGUCUUAAAUUUGGUAAGACCUCUAACCGCACUGUAGAAAAUUUGCUACAACGAAAACUCUGAGUCUGGGCAGCGAACGAUGCGAACUUCCCCGUGUUAUUAUUUGACUUGUUCCUGGCGCAAUGCACUCUGGUUAAAUGCAAUGCAUUGUGGUAAAAAGUGUGGUUAAAUGCAAUGCAUUGUGGUAAAAAGUGAUGAAUUCGAGAAUUCGUUGCCCCUAUAUAUAUUUCCUUUAAAUCCUGAUUAUGUUGCUGCUCGCUCCCUGCGGUCGCUCCGCAGCAAUUACAAAUUUCUAGAAAACAAUGUGCUUUUUGUUGUGAUUCUCAACUAGGUGCAAGAUGUUGUCACACUUGGCAUUUUCAUGUGACAAGGAGGGCCGGCCAUGUCCACUGUACACUGUAGGAUGCACAAAGGUUCACUCUUUAGCAGAGUCAGAUCCUGGAGAACAUGUUAAAUUGCUGCUAACCGCUCGUCUAUCAGGAGCAUACGCUGUAAGUAACUUUUUUUCUAUAGUUACAUGUGAAGUUUAAUACUAACUCUUGAAGCAUGUUCUUUCUUCUAGAAUAUACUUACAAAUCUCAAGAAUUGCCAUACGAUAACUAUUUCUUAUUUUUAGAUGUUGUAUAAUCUUUGGGUGUGUGUAUUGUAGUUUGUUAUAUUUAUAUUUAUUUUUAUUAUUUUAUUGUUAAGAAGAGAGUUUUUGGAGUUUCAUUCACUCCAAUUAUCUAGGUAUUUAGUCAUUCAUCUAUUUCAUUCUUUAAAGUUUAUUUUCCUUUUUUUCUAAUGCAUGUUGUGCACCUUUUUUGUCUUUUUAGGCUUCUGAUGCAGGCUUAAAAUGGUAUUUCCUUUGGUGGGUCAUGGAAAAUAGAAGGCGAUGUGGUAUUGCCCAUUUGUAG